AUUACAAAAAAAUCAAAAUAAGAAACAAAUAAUCGAAAUAUUUAUACAAUUAGUACUCGAAGAAAUAAAUAAAAAAAUUAAUACAAGUUGCACCAAAUCCCACUCAAGAAAAAAAAAUGUAACAUCGAUUCUAUAAUAUCUUACAACACUUUUUUUUCUCUCUCUAACAAUUAAAAAAACAGUCACACUUAGGUUCUGUAAUAUCUCCAGCGAUAGAGAGAUGCUGUCUCCAACGUUGUUCCCUCUCUUCUGCGCUUUGUUCCUCUGUCUCCCCGUAGCAGUCAUCUUCACAGUCCAACGAGAACUCACCGGCGUCGUCGCCUCGCCGGAGUUUGGUUUCCGCUCUCUCUCCGUCUUCUCUCUUUACUCUCGAAACGAUCCUCCUCCUCCUCCUCCUCAGCCGUUUCGUAUCACACCGUUGAUUCCUAAAGACGACAAAUCGCUUCUCAGAAUGGCUUCACGAGUUAACCCGAAUCACCCAUCCGGGUUGACCCGGAAAGUGGCGUUUUUGUAUAUAACCACAACGCCUCUUCCCUUUGCUCCUCUGUGGGAGAUUUUCUUCAACGGAAGCUCCUCUAAAGAUCUCUACAAUGUGUAUAUCCACGCGGAUCCGACCCGAGAUUACGACCCGGGUUUUUCCGGCGUGUUUGCGAACCGGGUGAUUCACUCAAAACGCUCGGAACGUUACACACCAACUUUAGCUGCUGCUGCGCGUAGGUUAUUAGCACACGCGCUUUUGGACGAUCCGCAAAAUUACAUGUUUGCCCUUUUCUCGCCUUCUUGUGUUCCUAUUCGCUCCUUUGACUUCACUUACAAGACUUUGGUCUUGUCUCGAAAGAGCUUUAUAGAGAUACUCAAAGACGAGCCGUGGCAGUUCGAGAGGUGGGCGGCGCGUGGAGAAGACGCGAUGCUUCCCGAGGUGAAGCUGGAGGAUUUUCGGAUCGGGUCUCAGUUCUGGGCCUUGACGAGGAGGCACGCGCGUCUGGUGGCGCGUGAUCGGAGAAUAUGGGAGAAGUUCAACAAGACGUGCGUGAGGGAAGACACGUGCUAUCCCGAGGAGAAUUACUUUCCUACCCUUGUGAACAUGAGGGACCCGCGUGGGCGUGUUCCCGCUACGUUAACUCACGUGGACUGGACCGUCAACGACGGAGGUCACCCGAGGAUGUAUGAGGCGGAGGAAGUGGUGCCUGAGCUGAUCGUGCGGCUGAGGAAGAGUAGGCCGAGGUACGGUGAGGAUGGGAUAAACGGUUCAGAUUGGUCUGUGAGUAAACGGAGUGAUCCUUUUCUGUUCGCUAGGAAGUUUUCUCCGGAGGCUCUUGGGCCGUUGUUGGGUAUGGCUAAGGGAGUGCUGUUCAAUGACUCGGCUCGGUGUGCGUGAAUGGUUCGGUGAGGGCAUAUUGUUGUAAAUUUAGAUUUAGUUUUUAAAGUUGGAAAAACAAAAAUAAAUGUAAUUAAAAAGUGGGUAGCUGGGAAAAACAAAAACCCAGUCUAUCGUUAUCUGUUUUAAGCUGAGUCAGAUGUCAAAAAUUGAUCGAAUCUCAACCUCAUAAAUUCGCAACUGAAGUCUAAGCAUAUCACACUGGACUUUUUAUUUGAUGUCAGAAAAUCUAGUAUGAGAUAUUAUAGGUAGACAAGUAAAAUCUUAUUAUUAUUCCUUUUUAUGAUCAGUGUUUUGACUUUUAUCUAGACAUGAUUGUUGUUAUCUUUACUGUAGACCAAUGAAAUGGAUAAUGUAUAGUAAUA